ACACUUGACGCUGUGACUGGGCUAGCUGUACAGUGUAUUGUACGAGCUGGGAGUACGUAGAUCUACCCGGUCAACUCUGGUACACUGUACUAACUUGCACGAUGGCAUGGGCCAGCAACUCUGCAGAUCCAGGAGCUGUUGUGUGUUCGUUCAAACUCUACCUUCUAAGUGAGAACUGUGGCACUACAACAAUUUCGUGCCUUCCCGUGGCUUCACGAGUUUGUUUAGAGGCUGUUAUUGUGGUGCUGAGUCUUGUGUACUGUAGUGCUGUUCCUCGUCACCUUUCCAGUGCCUGCACGGAUUUUAAUCUUGUCGUUUGCCAGCACUGAACUGCAGUUUUGUGGUGUGUUGUUCGUCAAUACGGUAGCUGUUGGGACCCAAAGUGCUGCUGUUUGUUGUAGGAUUGGCAAGGAUAGUUUCAGUACCCCGAGGACAUACUGCCGCCGAGAGGAGACGGGGCUCUGAGGCAAUGGAGUACGAGAUCGCAUAUUUAUGAGAAUGAACUCCAAGCCGAUUCCAGCAAUGGUGGCUGAGGAUGAGGAAGAGAAGAAUUGGAGUAGCGAUGAUGAAGUUAAAAAGCAGUUCGAUUCGUUACAGAGGGUUAUCACCAUUUCUUACGAUAACUUGAAUCGGCUGCGCCAUGAGACGGCGUCAACUUUCGUUCGCGAGGAGAUCAAGACCUUAGAGGGCAAACUCGUGCGCCUCUUCUACAGGCAGAUGGCCCUGCAUGAAGGUGUUUUGGAGCCUCACAUGGAUCUAUGGCUAAGAGUCGUAGGGCUAACAGAACCCACCAUUGAGGGUCUGCUUGAUCGUAAGAUGAAGCUAGGCGACAGCGUUGAGCAUAUUGAAUCGGUCAAAGCUGCCAUGAAGCAGCUAAAGGCGAGCGAUGAAGAUGUGCGACGCCUGUGCAUUGCACUGCACAACAUUCGUAUAUACAAAGAGCGUUGUCAGUCCUGUGAAAGUGGUAAGCAGGCACAAUGGCAAGAUCUGCACUGGGAGAACUGGAGCACGUCAACAAAGAACCAUGGAAGCAGCAUUAGCAGCAGUGGCACUAUCAACUCCAGCUAUUUCCACUGCCCAGAUAGCGGCUUCAGCUUCCGGCACUCUUCAGAAGGUACUGGUGCAACGGCACAUCGGCCCAACGUUCAGUCAUAUUCGGAAACACCACCUUACCGACACAUGUCAGAUGGCGGUGUGCCGCCAUCAUGCUUGUAUCGCAGGCGCUCCACGGACAGUGGUGGCUGUGCUAUUGCACCGUGGGAGUCUGAUGGUGGCUAUUCAACACCAUCUUCGCCGUCUUUCCUUGAGGGACAUCUCUCCUACAGCAACCUGAGCAUCCAUUCGGUGGUAAACAGUCGACACAAGUCAUCGUCACUGCAACGCAGUAACACUGUAUCGCUGGUGACACCACUCUGUUCACAGUCAUCACAGCCGGUGUUUGCACGUGCCAAGCCUCUUCGUGCAUCCGUUCAUAGCUUACCAAUACGCAAGCCUCGCAAAUGGAACUUCAAGAAAGGGAAGCGUGUCUCUCGCCAAGAGACUAUUUCCUCACGGACCCACUCCGUUCGCUCCUCAGUCGACUAUGACCGUAAUCCGCAUAGUAUAGAAGUCUAUGGAUUUGACAGCCGUGUCAAGGCACACAGUGUUCAUCAUCAAAAGUCCAUAGUUCCUAAGAUUUGCUGUUUAUGUCGAAGAAGCAUGUUUUAUGGUGUGAAGUGCGGUGAUUGCGGUGCGCGCUAUCAUGAGGCGUGCUACUAUCAGGCCGGUGCAUCCUUUCGUGCUGUUCAUCCUGAGCAGAAUUCUAGACGAGAACCAUGGUUACUUCGACUGUUUCGCCGCACUUCUACUGAGACACAUCUACCUGGUCUGUCUACCAGUAGUGACUCUGGCCUUGGAGUGUCGGGAAAUGAGAAACAUCCCAGUAUCUCAUCUCUAUCUGGUUACCGGUCGGGUGGUUCUAGCGCAUCAACACCAGGAGGAAACUCUCAAGGUCAUGGUCACUUCUUUCCCAAUGCUAGUCACUCCGUUGACAUGCACACUAAUGCUGCUGGUCACCUGAAGGGUAAGCGGCCUGAGGCUAAAGUUGCACACGUCAAUGCUAACGGUUCACUGUCAUUGCCAUGCCAAUGGAAUACAGAAGCAGAUAGCUCUACGCACCAUAGCUCCUGCCUGUGCAGACAUUCCUCCGUCAUAUCCGAUGUGCCGGAAGAGACCUCGACCACGACGAGCCGUGCCCAGUUACCCAAUGCGCUGAGUCUGAUGUCCACAUCGUCCACACUAGCUGGUAGUGCUCCUCAGAGUGAAGUGCACACUCAUGGGUUUGAUUCCACUGCUUCAACAAUAUCAGACACAAGAUCAUCACUACAAUCAACAUUCAAUGACGAGACCACCACUCUCUAUGGUUCUGAGAUGAGCGCCAAUGCAGACUUGGUUAGUUCAUCUGGAUCUGAUACGGGAGGGUCGCGGAGAUUUCGGCAGUGCUUGCGUGGUAGCCUGGUGACAGAAUGGGAGAUUCGCAUGGAGGAGAUCAACAUGUCUGAUCAGCUACCGCAGGGCAAGUUCGGUCGGGUCUUUAGAGGGAACUGGCAUGGUGAGUGCGCCGUACGUCUCUUCCAGAAAGAUGAUGCAUCGCAUGACAAUGUGGUUGCAUUUCGCAAGGAGGUGCAGCUGAUGAAGAAGACGCGGCACGAGAACAUUGCUUUAUUCAUGGCGGCCGUUGUGCGCCCUCCAGACUUGGCCUUGGUGACGGCCUUUAUCAAGGGCAAGUCAUUGCAUCAGCUAAUUCACAUGGAAGGUGAAAGGCUAGCUGCUGAAGCAACUAGACCUAUUGCCAAGCAGAUUACACAGGGUAUGGCGUAUCUGCAUACACGCGGAAUUGUCCAUAGAGACCUGAGAUCUCGUAAUGUGUUCAUUGACGCCACUGGCCACAUUGUCAUUAGCGACUUUGCCAUGUCCUCUAUUCUCUUGGGCUGCUGUGAUCGCAAACAGGUCAAACUGAGACAUGACAAGUACGGAUUGGAGCUUCGGCGAGGCGUUGUUCAGUCACUGGCACCGGAGCUUAUUAAGCAGCUCAACCCCUCUGAUGCACAUCUCUCCGGAUUAACAUUUAAUCAAUCUACGGAUGUGUUCGCUUUUGCGACUGUGAUUUAUGAGUGCAUGCAGGGCUGGCCAGUUGUGAACGAGAAUAUCCACACCUUGAUCUACAUCUUUGGCAAUUGCCUUCAUGUGGACUGUGUUGGAUCCAUUGUUUCUGAGUUCAAGGAUAUGAUACUCCGUGCUUGGUCGCCAAAUGCUGAGGACCGCCUCAAUUUUACCUACUAUGAAGAGUUGAUCGGUCGCUUUCCCCGAAAACUGCACCAAAUGUCACGCGUACCCUCGUACCCCAUGGUGUGUAUGGAGGCAAACUUUUAAGCGCCUUCUCUUCGGUUGUGAUAUCUUGUUCUGGUGUUGUCAUUCUCAUCACUGGCGUUAGCAGCAACAAAAGCAGCAGCAGCAGUAACAACAACAGUAACGACAACAGUAAUAACAACAACAAUAACAACAAUAACAGCAACAACAGAACAUUGACAUACUAAUGUUUGGUAAUCAGCGACACAAUAUUCUGUCCGUUCCUGGCAAUUUUAGCACCGUCUCGAUCCUGAUGUCUGUGUACAUCAGAGGAUGAAGAUGAUAGCGGCGAUGGCGGCGUCACAAGCUGUGUUCAUAUCAUCAUCACUCACUCCCCCCGGCAUGGUUGUUAUCAUCGUUGUGUAUCCUAUCACCGAACCACACUUAAACAAACCCACACGCACGCACACACACACACACACACACACACACACAGGCUAUUCUUGGCGUUCAUCUCUUGCCCUGCACUAUCAUCACCACCCUGCUAUCAUUACGACUGUAUCUUCAUCAGCAUUGUCAUCCCCAUCCCGGCUGGAGCAUACUCUCUUCUAGUCAUCUGUUGAAAUCGUCAGGAAUGACAUGUCACAGAUGCAUAUUGCCAGUGACCUUGUCAUGGUUACUACCCUUUGUUGUUACUCCAUCCUCCUGCUGCACUGCACUCGCUGCUGCUGCAUAUGGCAGUAGUCGACGUCAUCAUCAUCAUCAUCAUCAUGGUUGUCGUCUUGCUCUGCACCGUGUACACAGUACACAGUACAAUGCUACUGUUGCUGGCUAUGGCUACACCCACGACAUAUGCCACUGUCCCCGCUCACUGGUCAAUGUCUCCGUGCCCUACUGCAUUCUCUGGAACAAAUUUGUCCGUUGAGAAAUUCAUUGGCCGUUGAGCAGCCGUCGUCUGUCUUUGCCAGGGAGCUGGAACUUGUCGGUGAUUCGAUCAUUAUCUCUGUCACCUCUGUUGUUGUGAUUGCUGUUGUUUCGGUAGCUCUCGCGUUACCUCUGUCUGUUCCGUACUCGAGCAAUAUGUGGCUGGCUGUCUUGCAGGCGAUGGGCCUUCACCAUCUAAAUAGCUCUUCUUGAUUGUGCAUGCCCGUGCUCCUAUUGAUGCAGUCCGCUUGUCUUCGCAUCCUGUCAUGUCAGUGUUGAGGAACGUAUCCAUCAGUGUGUUUUGGUCGAUGCGCCAUCCCAGCCAACUCUCCUCCGUUUCAGCUUCAGAAUCUAUUUAAAUCAUUUUGUUCAAAUUCCUAGUGUCAGGGAGGUGUUUGUAUUCUUCUUCGAUCAGCAGGCUGUGCCCCUGAUCCGCUUUCUGUCUUUUAGCUCCUGCUCCAUGAGGAAGGACCCCAUUGGUGCAGUUGGUUGUUGUUUUAACUUACAUUUUGGCUGGUCUCAAAAAUCAUCUUGGCUUUACUGGACUUCCCUGGAUGCUGUUGUUUCUGUCAGAUUCUCUUUCCUGGAUUUGGUUACUAGACCAGUAGCGAUAUGCUGCUGUAGCUGCAGCAUUGAUUAUAUGCAUAUCUUACAAUUGAUUAUUCCUUCUUCUCCUUUCUUUUUUUGCUGCGGUCCAUAUUUCCAAAUAGAGAGUGCCAUUUUCAUCGUCUACACGUUUAUAUUUUAUACGCUGCUUUCUGCAACUUGCUGCACUUGAGCUUGAACUUGAACUGGGGAGAGUGUUUUCAUGUACUGUGUAUCUCAACAUUGUGUUUUUUAACUCGCGGCAACAACAAUGACAACAAUAAUAAUAAUAACAACAGCUCGAAGUAGUAAUAGUAUUUAUGUUUUGAGUGAUGGUGGCGCCUCUCCCAGCCUCUCUACAUGCAGUAUGGUGUUGGUUUUCAGCCUUUUGAAUUUCUCCAGAGAAAAGAGUAUAUUUCGUCUUGAAACACGCAUCCCCGUGCUUGAAUUGGCUAUAUUUUAUACGGUUCCCUAGCGUUGAGGUUAUUGUGCCAACAAGUGUCUUUGUUCUCUAUAACAUGGAAUGCUUUUUACUCCAUUGUUUCACCUAGUUAUCUCUGUCUACUUUAGCAACUUUACUGUGUCUAUAUUGCUGCUGACUGCUGACUACUGUCUUACACCACCACCAGGCUGUAGGACACUACUGUCUUACACCACCACCAGGCUGUAGGACACUACUGUCUUACACCACCACCAGGCUGUAGGACACGUGCAGUACAGUAUAGGGUACCUGUCGUCGUCCUCCUCAUUUUUUUUUACACCCAUUGCCGACUUAUUUUCCACAUUUCCACCCCGUCUCUGCUAUUGUGCAGUCAUCUAAUCUCUCUAUACUAAGUAUCUGUUCCACUGUA